UGAAGAACAAAGGUACACGAUAUGGGUACAUAAGUGCCGGAGAAUACAGACAAGUUGACAGCAUGGACCAUUUCACUUGCUCUCCCCCUCAACACGAAUCCGUCACACCAACAUGAAAGACUAUGCAUUCCCCUUCUUCGCCGGACUGGGCGUCAUCUUCGCGCUUUUGCCUCUGACUUGGCACUUUCGCUCCAAGAAUUACAGCGUGCUCUUCCUUCUGUCUUGGGUCGCAAUAUGGAAUUGCGUACUUUUCAUCAACUCUCUCAUCUGGUUUAGCACCACGGAAGCGAAGUGUCUGGUCUGGUGCGACAUUAGUGGCAAGAUCAUCCAGAUGGCCAAUUUUGCCGUCCCCGCUGCAACUCUUUGCAUCGCCCGCAAGCUCGAAAGCAUUGCUUCGACUCGCCAGGUUGCUUCCACUGACGAUGAGCUCCGGCGUCGAGCUCUUUUCGACUUGAUUCUGUGCGUUGCUCUCCCGCUCAUCUUCGGCGUCCUGACCAUCGUCUACCAGGGACACCGAGCUGACAUAUAUGAAGGCGUCGGGUGCUUCAUUCCCGUGUAUUUCUCGUGGCCCUACAUCGCGUUCGGUCUUGUGCCCUGCCUACUCGUGUCUUUUGUGUCACUUGGGUACUCAGCACUUUCAAUGAGAUGGUUUCUGCUGCGACGUCGUCAAUUUGCGGCUGUUCUGUCCAGCUCUGGCUCUAAUAUGAAUCGGGUCCGAUACCUCAGGAUGAUCUGCUUCUGUGCAGUUGACAUGGUGGUCACUAUUCCAAUAACGGUCGGCCUGAUGACUGCAGCUCUGGUUGACAGCAACGGAAAGCUCGAGCCCUAUACUUCAUGGGCAGCCGUCCAUUAUCAAUUCGGCACGGUCCUGCAAAUUACCGCAUCCGAACUGGACAUGUUCAGCGUUCAGCGCUCGCGUAUAGACCUUGGGCGUUGGGUGGCGCCCAUCUCGGCAUUCCUCUUCUUCGCUAUCCUUGGAUUGACGCACGAAGCCAGAUCGGAAUAUCGAAGACUGGCCUCAGCGGCUUGGCGUUGGGGAAACAAGAAGCCGAAGGAACGCCCAGCGAUCUUGGUACAAGUGCAGAGGUCUACAUUGACAGAUAGUGGGCUGUCUGACGCCGAAGCCUCCGUCGAGGCCAAGAGUUUUGAGAUGCAUCUAAAGUAGCUUGCAGGG